AAAGGAGAGGCCCCCCCCACCGAUCAUUUUCCCGGGAAAAAGGAGGAGGAGGAGGAGCAGCCGCAGCCGCAGCCGCCGCCGCCGCCGCAGCCGCAGCCGCCGCCGCCAUGUCGGACGCUCUGAUCAACGGCCUCGCGGGAGCCGGCGGGGGCAUUAUCGCGCAGCUCAUCACCUACCCUCUCCAGACCGUGAACACGCGUCAGCAGACGGAGCGCGAUCUGAAGAAGGAGAGGCGGAAGCUCGGGACCGUCGAGCAAAUGUAUCAGGUGAUCAAGCAAGAGGGAUGGGAACGGUUGUAUGGAGGCUUAGCGCCGUCGCUCGUGGGCACCGCUGCAUCUCAGGGUGUUUACUAUUAUUUCUAUCAAAUAUUCAGGAAGAAAGCAGAAGUUGCUGCACUUGAACGAAGGAAGAAAGGGAUGGGUGAUGGAACAGUUGGAAUGUUCUCAUCACUCAUGGUGGCAGCUUUAUCUGGGUGCAUAAAUGUCCUGCUAACAAACCCCAUAUGGGUAGUUGUAACCCGAAUGCAGACUCACACGAAAAUCUCAAAGAAGUCUGAAUUGGAUACGGUUGCUCCUGAUGAUGCGAUUCUUGCUGCUGUAGAGCCUCCUCCUUAUGGAACUGGCCAUGUGAUUCAAGAAGUGUACGGUGAAGCUGGAUUUUGGGGUUUCUGGAAAGGUGUAUUCCCUACAUUGAUAAUGGUAAGUAAUCCUUCCAUUCAGUUCAUGCUGUACGAAACUAUGUUAAAGAAGUUAAACAAGAGACGUGCGUUGAAGGGCAAGAGUGCUCCAACUGCUCUGGAGAUCUUCCUCCUGGGAGCCUUGGCUAAACUUGGUGCCACUGUUGUGACAUAUCCUCUUCUAGUUGUCAAGGCGAGGCUUCAAGCUAAACAGGCCACUACUGGAGACAGAAGGCAUCAUUAUAAAGGCACAUCAGAUGCCAUCUUGAAGAUGAUACGCUAUGAAGGCCUUUAUGGGUUUUACAAAGGAAUGAGUACUAAAAUUGUUCAGAGCGUGCUUGCUGCAGCUGUGUUGUUCAUGGUCAAGGAAGAACUUGUGAGGGGUGCUCGGUUCCUGCUAGCUGGAGAUGUUGUUGAUGCCUUGAGGUCAAAACCUCCAUGACGAGUGUCUCUCUCGCUCGCUCGCUCUCUCUCUCUCUCUCUCUCUCUCCCUUUGUUGCAGCAUUGCUCAUUCCGCGAUUCAUUUAGGUAAGUUAUCAAUUACACACGAGUAGGAGGGGGAAUGUGAAAAUAAUCCAGUGUCAAAGCAGUCUUAUUAUCUGUAUCUUGCAAGAUGCUAACAAUUGAUUCCUUCUGUGGACAAUCCGAUUGUGGAAAUUAUGUACGAUUCCCCUUUGUUUUCUCA